UUUUAUUUAUAUACCUACAAUGUCUUCUUGUUAUUUUAAAGAAGUAAAAAAUCGAAUUAUCGAUCUCUGGAAUCUUUUUACCAUCUACAACGUUUAUUAUUAAAUUAAUAUAAUAAUAUUUAAUAAUAAUGAUAAUAAUAAUAUAAAAUGAGAUAAGACCGAAAUUUCUAAAAUAAUAACUACAAUCAAUUACGAUUAAUAGUUAGGCAUUUCUUUAUUUCAUUAUAAUGUAUUACAUUAUUAUAUUAUCUCAUCAUCAUAAUGGAUAGUAACGUAAAAGGGAGCGUAAAUGCGUUUAGAACCUGAUCUUUAUCUUUUACGCGAUGGAAAUAAUAAAAAAAAAAAAGAAAAAAAAAAGAAAAAAAAAGAAAGAAAAAAAAUAGAAAAGAAAAAAGAAAAUAAUGUUACAAUUUCGUAGCUGAAAGCAAAAUACCAUUUGAUCGGCAUCGUUUGUCUGGUAAAUUAAAUGUCACGUCAGUUGUAUACCGUACGUCCACUCGCGUUCGUCGGUUUUUUAAAAAAUUCCUCCGUCUGCAAACAGGGCAACGUUGUGACGUUAUAGACGAUGAAAAAAGAUCCCUCGAUCUUUUUUUGUUUCAAACAUUAAAGUUCUUAAUUUCUGGUUCAUAAAUCGAACAUUCUCUGUUUUUCCUUCAUUGUCGGAUCGUCAUAUGUCUAUGUUUAUCUUCAAAUAUGACAAAUUUAUUAUUACAUUCUUUUCUUUUGAAUGUUGCCGGCAACGUUUUUAUCCCUAAUGGAAGUUACGAAAAAACGAUCGACGCUACGUUAAACAUCUUAAUGUCCUGUAGGCCAGUGACCGAAAAUAAAUAUCUAUUCGCCGGCGAAUAUACCGACGUUUUAAUUAAUCAUCGCCAUUUUUUCGAACAAACUACAAUAGCCCUAGUGGCAGAAUCAAAAAAUUCGACUUUCGAUCCGUUCACUUUGGCCCAAUAUUCAUUUUUUAUUUACAAACAAACGUAUCAGAAGUUCGUAAAAUUUCUUUACAGACUUCGUAUAUUCGUCGUGAUUACUUCCUCCCAACCGAUUCUUAAAUUGACCUUGAAAAGAAUAAAGGAAACUACGUGGGCUAAUAACAACGGAUAUUAUAUUCUAAUAGAUAAGAAGACAGCGAAACGUGGUUGUGAUAACGCUAAAUCGUAUCUUUGGACAGCUUGGCAAUUUGAUAUUUUAUAUUCGAUCUUUAUCUGCGUUGAUCCUGUCGAAGGUGUUCUACUUUAUUCUUACGAUCCUUAUACAGGUGAAACGUCAAAUAAUUGGAAGGAGAUCGAAAGAAUAUCUGGACGUAAUGGACAUCCUUGGCUUUUACUUCAAAAGAGAUAUGACAAUGAAUCGACAAUUUGUGAAUUUAAAAAAAUUAAUCGAGUCAAUACAUUUCAUGGUUACGAAGUAAGAUUGUGCGCGACAAAUACACCACCAUUUUUAUAUAUACAGAAUAAUAUCACCGGAUUGGAUAAAUUUAAAGGAUAUGACAGCUUGAUAGUACAAACGAUUCUUAAAAAGCUUAACACUACUAUGAAUAUAACGGUAAAGAAUCUUAUGUUAGGUGGUAUCGAUAAAUAUGGAAGUAUGACAGACUUGUUACAAGAAAUUGCAAAUGGUAUUUGUGACGUAGGAAUGAAUUCCAGAAGUUUCACCAUGAUGUGGCAUCUGAGUUAUACCUAUCCACACGAUGAAUCUGGUUUAUGCGUUAUGUCUCAAGCAAGUAUCGAAGUUCCGGAGUUAAGAAAAUUUAUGAUGCUUUUGGCGCAACCCUUCAUGUUAGGCAUGAUGAUAUUCUGCAUAAUUACUCUUCUGAUCAUGACGAAAAGCGAUGGAUUUUUUGAAGCCUUUUUAAAUGUAGAACGUUUGGUAGUAUGCGUCGCCAUAUUGCGCCCGCCAAAAAUAAAUUCUUAUAGAAUUUAUAUCUGUAUGAUAUUUAUACUCUCCUUAACCGCAAAUGCCGUUUUUCAAAGUCAAUGGUAUACAUUACUAAUGGUGCCUCAAUUCUAUUCGAACAUUGACACUUACGAUGAUCUUAAGGAUUCUGGAUAUGAUAUAUACGGGACUAUAAGUUUCAAAGAUUUGAUCGGUGAAGAGUUGGAAUCUCGUUUUCAUGAAUCAUCUUAUUUUGAUUGCUUUGAGAUAGUUAAAAAUACAAGCAACUCUGUAUGGAUAUCGGAAUGUCUUAAUAUAUAUUACAGAUUAAUAAACGAAACAAAUCUGUACAUUUCGAAAUCUAAAGUAAGAGAAUUUGUGGCUUCGUUCAUAGCGAGAGAAAAUUGGCCGAUCUUUAAAACGUUCAAUAAACAUUUGCAAAGAUUAGUUGAAGCUGGUCUGGUCUCUAUGUGGAAAAAACAAGCUAUCGCGUUUUUGCAUCAACAAAUGCAAUUGAAAAUAAUAAGCUCGACCGAAUUUAAAGUUCUUAAAUUUAAACAUCUUGAUUUUAGUUUUUACAUACUUGCAAUAGGCAAUGCUUUUGCUAUUUUCGUUUUUCUCAUGGAAUUGAUGGUCCAUCGAUAUCGUGACAAUAUCAAUGGGAUAAUUAAAAGGAAUCGUUUGUUGAAAUCAAAUCGUGCUAAUUGUUUCAAACAAGUUCCGUCGAUAUAAAUAUUAAAAUAUUACUUAUUAGCUUUAAUCUUGAUGUUUCAAAUUGAUUCUUUUUUUCUUCUUCCUUUUUCAUUUUUUUUUUUAUUUUUUUUUUUUUUGUUUUUUUAACGAUCUAUACAAGCAAAAUGGUAAAAUCAAUCACGCUACAAUUUUAUCGAUCUCCUUUCGUGAAAUAAUUGCGACGUUAUCGUUAAGCUUUCAUACUAUCAUGUAUUAUCUCUAAAGAUUCAUAUGUAAUACUUACUUGUGAAAUUAUCCAUUGAAUAAAAUUUUUUUUUCACAAAACUAUAAUCGUUACAAUACAUAAUCAUCCUACAAUUUAAUUGAUUUCCUUAAAUAAAAUAAUAAUUGCAGUGCCAACGUAAUAACAAAUGUCUAAAGAUUUUAAUGUAUAAUAUGUAUUUUUUUGAAAUUGGAUUAGCGAUUGAGUAAAAUCGUUUCUCUUGAAAUUACAUACGAUCAUGAUAAUGUAUAAGAGUUAAAAAUAUUGCAAAAAAAUAAUAUUCUUUUCGUACUCGAGUUGUAAAGCUAAUCGAGAAUGAUCUUGUUUAUAAAAAUAAUAAUAUUCCAUUAUGUUGUUAUAUACCUUUUUGCCUUGUAUGUCGGAGAUACAGUUUUUUUUUUUUUUUUUUUGUUUUCAUUCAAUGUUACGAAACAAAUGAUACUUCAUUCGAAUUAAAUACUUGAUUAAAUAUCAAUUUUAAUAUAAUUAAUUGUUUAUAAAUGGACGUAUUAUCAAAAUUGUACGAUUCAGAAUAGAUAACAUUUUGUUAUCCUAUUGAGUGACACCGAGUGAUCAAUUCGUUGUUUUUCAAAACUUUUCAACAUUUUUACAGUAUUAAAAAUAAAACGUUCCAUUUUCUAUUUUCUUUUACUUUUUCUCAACGAUAGUUAUAGACAAAUUUUCUUCUAAUAUUUUCUAUCGUGAUAUAGCUCAAACGUUAAUACCGACAUAAGUACGUUGAUGCGUUAUAUUAUUUUCGAGAUUGAUCCAUCGAAAAUUAAAAAUUGUAUGUAUCCAAAGUUGAUCAUCAGUAUCAUCCUGAUGUUUUUAGUUACUUGUAUUGAUCCUUGGUAUCCUAAAAAAAAAGAAAAAAUGAUCUCUAGAUCUUUUGAAGUAUAACAAUAAAUCUAUCCGUUGUACAAAAUGUCAUAGAAAACUCCAUUAAGGAUCUAUCUGAUCACCAUGAUUCUAUUAUUUUUAAUAAUAAAAACAAAUAUCGAUGAUAUAAAAGAUUGAAAAUAUUUUUAGAUUAGAAAAUUUACGUGUUUGACCAUUUACAAAAAUGUCUCGUAUUCGACAAUGAUCUUUGUCUUUUUUUUGUUUUUUUUUGUUUGUUUUUUUUUUUUUUUUUUCCUUGAAAACUUAUGAAUCAUUAGAAUUACAAUAAGUACGUGAUCGAACAAGAGGAAACAAUCUGUGAGACGGAACGUUUUAAGAUUAAAUAAGAUUGGCUUCGAACAUAAUUUAUAUAUCUCCGAGUACGGACUGACGACCUUGUAUUCAACCUACGUAGUUCGUUCGGAUUGGCCAUUGAACGGACUCUAGGGUCAGUAAUCUCUUACAACGUAUGUGGCAAUGUGGAUUGACCAAGUACCAGACCACCAGAAUAGCUGGCUUGAUUUUACAAACCAGAAUGUCUGAGCCAGCGAAGGUUAAUCACAAAUCAUCGAACAAUUGUCGAUCGAUGAACGUUGCCCGAUCUCAAAUUCGUUAUCUACAUUCUUUCCUUCGACUUUGCAAUCUCUCGAUCGUCGUAAUUUUUCCUCGAACGACAUUAUCCUGAUGGAAAAAAAAAAAAGAAAAUGAAAAAACAAAGAAAAAAAAAAGAAAAAAAAAAAAAGAAAGAGAACUUUCCUGGAAAAAUUUUAAAAAGGGAAAGGAUGAGGAAAACCGAUACAACGUUUUCAAUUUAAUAUAUGUACAUCGUAUGAGAGAACGAUAGAUCGUUCUAACUCAAGGAUACGUGCGACUAUUGAUUUGGUCAAUAUUUUAUUUAAUCCUUCGCUUUUAAACAAUGUUUCUUUAUUCAGAGAGGACCUUAUCGAUCUCUGUAAAAUGAAUUAUUGUAGUAAUUUAUGUUCCUUUUUACAAUUCAUACCAUAUACACAAUAAUAAUAAUAAUAAUAAUAAUAAUAAUAAUAAUAAUAAUAAUAAUAAUAAUAAUAAUAAUAAUAAUAAUAAUAAUAAUGAUAGUAAUAAUAGUAAAAUAAUUAAUAAUGAUAAUAAUAAUAAUAAUAAUAAUAAUAAUAAUAGUAGUAGAUUAGAUUAAUUAUAAUGCAAACCUUAGGCACACAAAACAUAAAAGAAACGUGUAUUACCGUGAGAAACCAUCCUCCAAUUAAUCGACGGUAUUCGAUUAUUAUUAUCUCUCUCGCUCUCUCUCUCUCUCUCUCUCUCUCUUGUUUCAAUACGCGUACGCAUUUACAAUUUACAAACUACAAUCGAUACGAUUUUCUCUCUUUCUCUUUUCUUCUCUUUCUCUCUCUCUCUCUCUUUCUCUCUCUCUCUCUCUCUUUUUCUCUCUUUCUCAUUCUCCUAACUUAUUUCAAACCUUUCUUUCAUUUCUUUUACUCACAAACUGUGAUCAUUAUAAAGUAGGUAAAAAAGCCCUCGUUCACAAAAUAUCUUGCAAAUAUAUAGAUAUAUAUUAUAUAUGUUUAUAUAUAUAUAUAUAUAUUAUUCAUAUAUGUAUAUAUUGUCACGAUUUCUUAUCUUCCUUUCUUUCUUAUCCUACAAUUGCUAUGUCGUUUUUAUUUAUUUAUCCUUUUCUUUUUUUUUCAAACUUUCUCAUUUUCCAAUCGUUCAAACUUUCUCUCCCCAGUCCGCUCCCCCACCCCACCCCCUCGUAUAUCCCAUAAAUUAAAAAGUACGAACUCACGAAAUUUCCAGAUUGCACAGGACUUCAUUAAAGAAAAAAAAAGAAAAAAAAAAGAGAAAAAAAAAGAGAAAAAAAAUAGAAAUAAAAAUAGAAAAAAAAAAUAUAAAAAGAAAAGGAAAAGAGA